CGUACCCACCUGCACCCCCUCUCUCGCUCGCCCCAUUUCAAAACCGAGCCCAGAAUCCCCUCCCUCUGCGGGCCCCCACCAAACGCCCAAAGCAAAUUGAAACCAGAAGCGACAUCAAAAUCGCAAAGAAAAGGACCCAAAAGAAAACCCCAAGAUCUAGAGAGAGAGAGAGAGAGAGAGAGCAGCAAAGAGUAACCAACAAGGGAUCGGCCAUGGCGACGGAGAGAGAGAAGGAGAGGGAGGCCGAGCUCGAGAGCGCCAUGUACACCAACUGCCUCCUCCUAGGGUUAGAUCCGGCGAUCCUCGGCAACGGAGCAAACGGCACCGCUAGGGUCGGCCAUUUCCGGCACUCAAACCCUAAAAUGGGCGAGCAGCUGCUCUACUUCCUUUUGUCCGCCCUCCGAGGCCCAGUGCAAUCCGCCAAGGAUUUUGAUAAGGUGUGGCCGAUAUUCGAUUCAGCGCAAUCGAGGGAUUUUCGGAAGAUUGUGCAAGGUAUUAUAAGUGAGCUGGAGUCGCAAGGGGCGCUGCCGAGGAGUAAUUCUAGGGUUUCUUCUCUUGCUACCUGUUGCGGGACGAGGUUUGUUGAGCUUCUAUGGCAACUUUCUGUGCAUGCUUUACGAGAAGUUCACAGGCGGACCUUCGCUGCUGAUGUAGCUUCAAACCCACUGCCUGCUUCCCUGACAGAUGUUUCAUAUUUACAUGCAGCUUCUCUACUUCCUGUAACUAAGGCUAGGAUUGCUCUUGAGAGGAGGAAGUUUUUAAAGAAUGCAAAUGCCGCUGUUCAACGGCAAACUGCCUGGUCAAACUUAGCUCAUGAAAUGACUGCAGAAUUCCGUGGGCUUUGUGCUGAAGAGGCCUAUCUGCAGCAAGAAUUAGAGAAGCUGCAGGACAUUAGAAACAAGUCAAAGCUGGAAGUGGAACCUUGGGAUGAUCGUAUAUCUAGUUCUUCAGCUCAGAACUCGCAUCUUGUGUCUAAGGCAACUCGACUUUGGGAGUCUUUACUAGCUCGCAAGAGUCAACAUGAAGUUCUUGCAUCUGGCCCCAUUGAGGACUUGAUAGCCCAUCGAGAGCAUAGGUACCGCAUCUCAGGAACAUCUUUGCUUGCUGCGAUGGAUUUAAGUUCACAUGUUCCUUAUUCAGAUGUACUAUCUGUUCGGACUGGUGAAAUAUCUCCACCAAUAGAUAGUCGUGAACCAGUAGAUCCUCUUCAACCUCAAGGGAGUCAUGAUGCUCUUCCUAGAACAGAAGAUAGAAGUGGAAGAGUUCACCCCACUGUUGAUGUAGCUGAAGUUCUUAGACGUUGGACUCAUGCAUUACAGCGUAUCCACAAACAAUCACUUCAUCUGGCCAAGGCUAACGAUGGAGAGGGCCCAGAACUAUUACGCUGCGCAUCUGAUGGUUCUACUAGUGGACAUGCUGAGUCCCUGGAAGCAACUCUAGCUGAACAUCGGCAACAUCUAGCUAGUAUACAAGGGCUUAUCAACCAACUUAAAGAGGCAGUUCCAGUGAUGCAGAAGUCAAUCGCAGAUCUAACAGAAGAAGUCAACAGCAUAUCUCCUUGUACUAUUGAUGAAUACAGUGCAAGAUCGAGCUCACCUGUCCAGGCACAGAGUAGCGGAAGAUCUCUCGAAAGUAGUAAUGAUGAAGUCAACGAGAUGAUUUCUAAACUAAAUUCCAUUCAACUUGAGAAGGGUACAAGUAGUCCUGCUCUUAAACUCCCUCAUUUGUUUAGCUUAACACCAAAUUCAUCAGGAAAAAGUAUGCACACACCAAAACGGCAAUCUAUAUCUACUCAAUCCAUACGGUCAGAAAGUUUGGCAGUCGGGAAACCGGUUGAUCCUCCAUUUACAAAUGAUCACAGUACAUCACAAGAUAGUGAUAGUUAUUUUGUCCAAAACCUAAGGCGUUCAGUUCGUGAAGCUGCUCUGUUGAAGCCAGUGAACAACACAGAGUCGUCAGAAGACAAAAGCAGUGAUGACGGAUCUGAGCACUUUUUUAUGCCCCUAGCCACAGGGGUAACUAGGAAGGAAGUUGAUGCAGCUCCAAACCAGAGGAAGCAACGACUGUUUGCUUCUCCACAACAAAACCGUGUCAGCAAGACCACUAAGCUGCAGCCUUCGAAUCUCGAGAGCCCAUUAAAUUUUGUUUCUGAUGUAUCAAAUGAUUCCAAUGGGUAUGAAAACCAGGGGAAUGGAUUUCCGACAGACUCUGUCUUGGGUUUUUCAGGCUCUACUCCACAGAGUACAUUUCCUGGCUUCAAUGAAUCUACGGAUCAAGUUUUCUCGCCUCCCUUGCUAAUGGACUCGUCAUUCUUCCCAGAUGCAUAUGAGGACUUGCUUGCACCAUUAUCAGACACUGAUGCUGCUUUAAUGGAAAAAUGAGUAGAAUUAGGAGGUUCAGUUCAGGCUCUUAAGGCUCGAGGAGAGCACCUUGAGAUUACGAUUUUUCCUCUGACAGGGAGAUGACAAUGUGUUUGUACCUAUAUGUAUCGGUCACAGAGACACACUGAUGCUUGAGUUGGAGGGGCUCACGGGUUUGCCUGUGGAGGCGGCUUGGGAUCGUGCAGAUUGUUAAUUGAGAUUGGGUUCUGUGUGUAUUGGUGAUCCCCGUUUUUGUAUUUUAUUGACAACAGUUGUAAUUGUAUUGUGAUAAUCCAUUCUCUCUUGUUCAGAUGUCAUUUUUUUUUUCUUGUUUUUACAUGUUAAGUGUUACAAGGACGGUAAAUCCUGUAUAUUGUGGUUAUGGAGACGUAUUUGUACACGUUGUUGUAUAGAGGCCUGGAGUUGCAUUCCAA